AUGGCCACCGUCAUCACGAUCCAGCCCUCUGCCACGGCGGGUGCGACCCCGGCUUAUUCUCAGAACCAUCAUUCGCCCGAUCCCCUUCGUCGUCGCCCUCCUACUUCCAUCUCCACCCCCAAUACGCUCUCGCCGUCCCCCGUCUCCGUCUCGUCUACCCUUGCUCGUGUUCCCGGCCGGGAUGGAGCCAGCUGCGACGCCUGUCUCCGCCGAAAGAGCCGCUGCGCAAUGAAUGAAAUGGUCAACAAGUGCUACUCCUGCGAUUUCCACCGCCAGGACUGCACCUUCACCUUGUCCGCCGGCUCGCCCGAGGGCGUCCCCAAGAAGAGGAAAUUAGACGACGCCGCACAGGACCAGGCAAAUUCAGUGAAACGACCCUCUACCGUCCAAGCAUCACACGCCGUGCUUGACGCCGACGUCCCCCGUCCGCAACACUCCCACGCGAUGAUUCGCCCAGGUUUCUUUAACCAGACCACCCAGCACAUUGGCAUGACCACCGAGCUGGAGCCCGCGCUGCUGGAGUAUCUACCCCUGGACGAGUACGACGAGUGCACCGUGUCUGCGUCGCGCAUCCGUCGCUGCGCUGACGACUGUACCUUCAUGCGGGUCGUUGAUACGGUCCCAAUUGGCGACUCGCAGGCCGUGUCGCUCGAUGCCAUUGAGAGCAUGGUUGCGCCGUAUGGCUCGACCUUGAUCGAAAAGUUCUUCGAGCACGUCCACCCAUCAUUUCCUAUUUUGAUGGAGGAUGCGUUCCGUCAGUCUUACCGAGAGCGUCGGCAAUUGUCUCCAUUGCUGCUGGCAGCGGUAUAUGUGCUGACGCUCAAGUUCGUGGAUGUCGGCGUGUCGUCACAAGCAGUGCGGCGGCCAGAGGCGUCGCGCCUGGAGAGCACGGCCCUGAAGCUGCUCACCGAUUCGUUACCGUUCCCAAGCAUCUCAACAAUCCAGGCGGGUCUGUUGUUGACGCAAAAGUCAACACUGGCCACGGCCUCGCUCAACGGCCAGCUGGUCACUGCCGGCUUCGAGCUCGGCUUGCAUCAGGACUGCUCUACCUGGCGCAUGAAGACCUGGGAGAAGGGCCUGCGGAAACGUCUGGCCUGGGCCCUGUACAUGCAGGACAAAUGGUCCUCCCUGGUGCACGGCCGUCCCUCGCAAAUCUUCUCCUUCAAUUGGACAGUCAAGGAUCUCGUGGAGCAGGACUUUUCGGAUGCCUUCCUGUCCGGCACGGACUCAGCCCACGAUGAGGCUGCAGUCGGCCACGGUCCUCUGCUGUUCUGCCAUAUGGUGGCCCUGACCACCAUUUUGUCGGAUAUCCUCGAUCGCUUCUAUACCCUGCAGGCGAGCGAGGAAUUCCGCGCCGCCGGCAACCAGCGCACGCGGAUCAUCCUUGAAAAGGCGAAGCCGGCCCAGAUCCGUCUCAAGGAAUGGUUCUCCUCACUUCCUGCCGCUCUCAAAAUGGAAUCCUCCAGCGGUGAGCUGGUGGAGACCAUCACCGACGAACACGCGCGCAACGGUGCCCUGCACCUCGCCUACUUCGCUACGGAGAUCACCCUCCACCGAUGCAUCGUGCGCUCACUCGCCAGCGACGGAACCGACUCCUAUCUCGCGCACAUCUGCCGCUCCGCCGCCAAAACCCGUCUGAUCUCCGCCAUGGACUUCGUGAACCGCCUCCGCCCCGCGCACCUGCGCUCGUUCUGGCCCGCCUCUGCGCGUACGAACUUUUCUCUGAUCGGUUCGUUCGGCAUGCUGCUGCGGAUCAGCGCGCCGACCAAUGAGGAAGCUGAGUUUUACCGCGUGCGGCUCUGCGAGUACCGCUGGACGCUGAGCGUCAGCCACAAAAACGCGGAGUUCAUGGGCUUCGCGCUCGAGAGUCUGGACCACGCCACAAUGCUGGACAAGCACGUCCCCGAGAAGCCCACCAUCGACGAGCUGAUGGCCCGUUCGAGCAAGCAGCCAUCAGGGCCUUCGGGACCGGGCUCGCGCUCCUACGACGACUCCAUGGGUGAUGCAGAUCUGCCCGGCGGUGCAUCCUCGUCGGUGAUCUCGGGCCUGGCAUCGCCUGCGACGUCGGUCAGUGACGACGAAGAAAACGAUAUGUCAAUGCUAUAG